AUGGUAACUCAACAGGAAAGAGUUGACAACCUCCAGAGAUAUCUUCAAUUUUCAUCUGGAAAAGCAUUCACCGGCAUUAUUCUUAGUGAGGAUAGGGAAUUUGAGCGGUCCGAGGGGUCCUGGAGUCGACCUGGUACUAAAAAUAUUAGUGUGGGAGCCACUAUGGGCUCAAGUAAUGAAUAG